CAACUACGGUGACUACGUUGACCUUCGAGGACUUGCGAUGACAAGAAGUAUCCUUAUUUUCAACAUUAUCCUCAUCAUUUUUCAAUUACAAAAUGAUUUGGUCCUUGGCGCGCCGCUAAACGAGACGAUGUAUCGUCUCGAUACUACUGGUUGUCCAAGGAUUGUCACUAGAGAAGAAUGGAAAGCUCGUAAACCGUUGGGCGAGCAACAACUCGAACGCACACCAACGCCUUAUGUCGUGAUCCAUCAUGGUGGAAUUCGUCAAUAUUGUUACGAUCAGGAAGCCUGCAGCAAGAUAGUCAGAUCUUAUCAGAAUCUGCAUAUCGACGAUCGUGGUUGGUUCGACCUUGGUUAUAAUUUCGUUAUAGGCGAAGAUGGUAACGUGUACGAGGGCCGUGGAUGGAAUAAAGUUGGUGCACACGCGCCUGGAUAUAAUUUUCAAAGUAUCGGCAUUUGCAUUAUAGGAGAUUUUAUGGAUUUUCUUCCAAAUGACGCGGCCCUUCGUGCCUUAAAUUCUCUCAUUUCUUGUGGCAUCUCUCUUGGAAAAAUACAUCAUGAUUAUAACGUUAUCGGACAUCGGCAAGCACGUAGUACACUUUGUCCAGGAGAUACAUUUUACAAAUACGUUAUGACACUUCCUCAUUGGACAUCUCAUCCCAUACCCGACAGAGUACAAAUUACAACGGAAGCUCCAUCACAGGAUAUAUAUAUUAACUGCCAUCAAGUAGUGUAUAGUAUCAAAGAAGUAACGAGAAUGGUACGAGUAACGUUUCUACUUGUUGCAAUUUGCAUCGCAAUUUGCCGUGCAACGGAAGUUGCAGAUUCGGCUGAAACAUUUGGAACACCUAAUAUCAUUUCGAGACGGCAAUGGGGAGCUAGACCGCCGAAAGCUACUAUACCUGCUCUUAAAAUUGAUCCAGUUCCUUACGUUGUUAUUCAUCAUUCGGAUACAGUUGGUUGUAACACUCAAGCAAUUUGUCAGGCUAGAGUUAGAAGUUUUCAGAAUAAUCAUAUGAACGCGAAAAAAUGGGAUGACAUCGGCUACAAUUUUUUGGUCGGUGAAGAUGGUAAUGUCUACGAAGGUCGUGGCUGGGGUAAACAUGGCUCCCAUUCGGUCCAAUACAAUGCCAAAAGUAUCGGUAUUUGCCUCAUUGGUAAAUUUACAAAUACCGUACCAAAUUCAGCGAGCGUUCGAGCAGCACAGAAUUUGAUAGCUUACGGAGUAGCUAACAACAAAAUCAAGUCCGAUUACAAACUUCUUGGCCAUCGACAAACCGCUCAAACUAGUUGUCCUGGAAAUGCUUUAUACAAUUUGAUUAAAACAUGGCCUCACUGGUCCGAGAAACCAUAAGAGUUAUGCGAUUAUAUUGAUCUAUGAAAUAUAACGUCUUAUUGUUUUAAACUUGACAAUCAUUGGAAAGUUGGAUGGAUAAUUUUUUUUGAUUUUUCUUUACGACAGAUCAGUUCAAAUUCGAUUUUCAUGCAAAUAUUUUUACUUGUUGUUUCAUAAAGAAAAAGUUCUAAAAGUAUUAAUAAAACUUUCUUUGAACAUA